UCUGCUGUUUUGAAUCGAAUGACGAAAAUUACUUUGCAGUGUUUUUCAAUUUUCAGCGGUCAACAAUUAAUUGAAAACUUCAAAAGUUAGCGCAGAAUAUUGAAUCGAAAUAAUUAUGUCUUAGUCAGCAUAAGGCUUUGUUCACAAAACGACUGAUGGAGGAGCGGCAGAAGUAAUGAAUUUGAUUAGUAAUAAGACACCCGAGAGUAGGCCAUUUCCGAGAAAAAAACUAAAAAUAAAUAAAAACUUGUGCUCUAUAAUAUCCAAACUGCAGUUUAUAAAUGAUGUCCACAACAGAGAACACAGGCGCUGUCCGAAGGAACAGUGGGGACGAUGUGGCUGCUAUUACGAAAACGAAACAAAUGUCAAGUGCAUCGGCAUUCAUGAACUCUGCGUUGCAUACGCGUUGUUGGGAGACAUGCUACUACUGCCCCUGCGAAUCUUUCAAAACUUCAACUGAUUUUGUCAAACACUUGCGAGAACGACAUUGCACACGUGAAGGCGGCUCCUAUGUUUGUCGAUAUGGCUUCAACGGUGUUUGUCCCUCACUGCCCUUGGAUGGCGUAUCGGAUCGAGAUUACGAUGCGCACGUUGCCAAAUAUCACGUGAAUCAAUUGACGCGUGAGCUACCGCCAGAGUGGUCGGUCUUUUCGGCUGCACAAAACUUGCCGGCCGUACUCAAUGAUCCGUCACGUGGCAAGCAAAGUAAUCUUUUCACAAAAAAGUGGGGUGACAGCUUCGUCGAGAAAGCGCACAUACCAUCUACGCCGCGUUUGCCUGAAAUCACCUAUACAGAUUUUGACAAAUACAUAGCGAAAAUCGGCAAACGUUAUCGCCGCCAUGAGCGCAUGUGUGCACAGCAAACCCCGGCAGCAAUGGCGGAGCACGAAGCUAACGCGCCAACAUCACCAACUCACACUGUCAGCCUUAGCGCCAUUCCAGAUAUAUUUCUCAAAGAGCAAUUAAAUUUGAAUCAUCCAGCGACAUUUGCGCUUGUAUUUCCCAGUAUUGGCGCUUCUAGCAGCGAGGAGAAUAAGCAGUCGGGUCGCUUAUUGCAAGAGCAAUUGUCGCAUUAUUUAGAUAUCGUUGAGGUGAAAAUAGCGCAUCAGGUGUCGCAAAAAUCAGCAGCGUUUUUCCAUGCGAUGACCUCACAAGACGCCAUCAUGGCAGAGAUGCAGGAAGCUGCAUGCAAUGUGCGCGAGUUGCGUGCUUCAUUGCGCACGCUGCAUCAAUCUGCUGUGGUCGACUCGUUUCGGGUGAUGCGUUUCGCGCAAAGGAGGCAGAACUUCGAGGAGACACUGGACAAGCUCAGCCUGAUGGCGACAGUUCAUAAGACGCAACCAAUGCUGCAACUUUUACUUGGCACGCAGGAUUAUGUUGCUGCGCUUGACUUGAUAGGCACCACACAGGAAAUAUUAACGCAGGAGUUGAUUGGUAUACACUGCUUCAAACACCUGCCUAUGCAGCUCACCGAAAUGGAAAAGCUCAUUGAUAAGAUGCUCACAACCGAAUUCGAGCGGUAUGCCACCAGCGACCUCAACAGGCCGCUGAGUGAUGUGCUCAAUGAAACCGAAAGUGUGUGCGCGGAAGAAGACAAAUUGGUGUGCAUCGUAAUGGGACUUUUGCGCAAAAAGAAUUUUUCCUUCGUAACCGUCUACAAAGAAGAGGCAAUAGUGACCAUACGCGCCAUCAUCAAACAACUUGUCAUCGAAGUGAUAGCCUCCAGCGAUGCAGAGCUUUGCCUUACAGGUGCCGGCGAGGAGGCGCAAAGCCUCUCCAUCAGCGAGUGGAUAGCAUUGCUGAAGAAAGCAACGGUGGCGCUGUCGACGGUUUUGCAACGCAUACGCGCCGUAACAGGCAUAAUGCGGCAGACAGCUGACGCAGCUGCUGGGCGUUGUGGCAGCGCCGCCGGUGUAGCGCAAGAAUCAGCAGUAAAUCUUAUAGACUCGGAAGCAUUUCUAAACUCCGCUGAUCAUGCGCAUGUAACGGAGCGACUAGAAGAACUGCUGGUAGCAGUGUGCAAUUAUUGUCAUGAGCGCUGUGCAAAUCUGGUGUCAACGCAGAGCUUGCAACGCUCAGUCGCCACAGCGAACGAGGUGGAGCAGCUGACGGCGAUUGUGGAUGAGUUUAGCGUAGGUUGUGAAGAAAUAUGUGGCACAGCCAGCGUGCCGCUGAAGGUGGCUGCCAAAGUGCAGGCUUCGCGCUUUGCCAAUCAUUUCCACACCGAACGUAAGCAAAAAUUGGCUUUGCUACUCGACUCGGAGCGUUGGCGUCAAGUCGAUAUACCCAAUGAAUUUCAGAAAAUUAUCGACCGCAUGGGCAUGCAAGACUUCCAGCAACCGGCGAGCAAAUCCUUCGCUGAAGGUUUAGGUGCCACACUAAAUGGGCACAGCACAGCUAACAGCAGCACCACCACCACCAUCAAAUUGCAGGCCAAUCCAGUUUUGCUCAUCGAUGGCAAGCCAUUCAGCCUGGUCAGCGCCGCACUGUUGCUGGUGCAAAUGUUAAGCGACUACUGCCACUGUGCCACGCGCCUACCCAUCUUGGCAGGCUAUUUGUCGCGCAACGUUGUCGACCUGUUGCGCACUUUCAAUUCACGCUCCUGCCAGCUGGUUAUUGGCGCUGGCGCAAUGCGCAUAGCCGGCUUGAAAACCAUCACCAGCACCAACUUGGCACUGGUUUCGCGCGCACUACAACUCGUGCUUUGGCUUUUACCCAAAAUCAAGGCACAUUUUGCGAGUUACGAUGCGAAUGCAGUGUCUGGUUUCGAUUCGAUCGAGAAGGAUUUUCACAGUCACAUAAAAGAGAUCGAAAACAAAAUCUACAGUAUUGUAACAGAACGCGUAUCGUUGCAGCUGGAGCAAUGGGAUGCCCGUCCUCCCAUACCAUCGCAAUCAUUUCGCAAUAUUUCACGACAUUUGGUGAAGUUGCACGAAGCUAUUGCGCCAAUACUGCCCGAACAGCAAAUCCAUACCAUCUAUGGCAUUGUGCAUCGAAAUUUCAAGGACAAGCUCAGAGAGCAGCUCUUAAAACUCAAUAUUAAUAACAAUGGCGGACCACAGCAUGGCGUGGUGACGUCAGAGUUGACUUUUUAUAUGGAAACAUUGCGUACGUUGAAAGCAUUGCCGCCAACGGAAUUGAGCGACGACAUACUGGAGACUAUAUGGACAUUUUAAAUGCUGGCGCGUACGCUUCGACUGUGGUGCGAUCGUUAAUUGUAUAACUGGCUGGCUCACCAUAGUCGGCCAUUACCGUUUUGUUAUUUUAUGCUUUAAGGCAAUUGUUUUAUUAUUAAUUUUACUGCUGUAUUUGUUCACAAACAAUACGAGCCCAUGUCUUUGUUUUUUUU